GUGCUUUUCUCCUCCGAGCUGCGUGGCAAGGUCCUGGCGAGCUUGGAAGCCCGGGCAAACCGCUGCGGCCUCACCAGGUUGCUAGCGCAGCUUGUGGUCUUGAUUGGCCAUGCCCGCAACACUUCGGCAGAUGCCUCCGGGCCAGAUCCUGCGGGUGGAGCUGGGGCACUUCGGGCGUGGAUCGGCCUUCAUGUGCGGCCUCCGCUUCCCAGCUUCUGGGCCGUGGCCGGAAGCAUCGUACCGGAGGUGCUGGAGGUGGCAGGUGAAGCAAUCGAGCACCGGCUCCGCCACUUGGGCCUCCCAGUUGAGCCGUACGGGAGCUGUGAUUCCAUUCCAGAUGUGGCGGCCUACGCCUUUGCCGUGAACGCUGAGGAAAAGGCUGCCGGCAAGACCUUCUGGUCCAAGGCCCGGGAGUUGGCCAGUGCGAUCGUCCGAAAAGGUGCUUUCGAAUGGGUCAACGCCGCUCGAGUGGCUUUUUCCAGCAGUCUCAUUCAGAAGGCAGCCCGCGAGGCUUGCCCCUUCGGGGUGAUGGCCCUGAAGCUUAUCCGGUGUAUCGGCCAUGAUGCAGAGCAGAAGCAGGAAGAGGCCCGGCAGGGCUUGCCCACUCCUGGGCUGGGCUUCAAUCGAUUUUUCGGGCAUUCUUAUGAUGUCGAGAGGUGGCCGGGUCAGCUAGGGGGUCCGUUUGCUUUCUGGGGAAUCGCAGUCCUCUUCCGAGUUCGCCCUUGGGCCAAGGUGGUGACGCUGGACACGGAUGCUGAGGAACUCAUGCAGUGGACAUCGGAACCAGAUAUAGCAACGCUUCUUCACAAUGCCUGGCCUCUAUGGGGCCUUCUCGCUUUACUGGCAGGACAGAGGAAACAUAGCUUUAUCGUCACUGCCCGAGAUGCGCCCAAAGCAGAGCUUUUCGACCAGGCACCCCUACUAGGUGCCAUGUGGGAGAAGCAGCAGUCUGGAAACUACCCCUUGGGUGCUGUUUGGAUCACAACGGUUCCACGCCGAACUGACGCCUUGGAUUUGUCCACCUGGCUUAGCCGAUUGAGGAAUGCACUUAAGGUGAGCAAUCCGCCCUACACGGAGCAUCAAGUUCUGCUUGUGCUGGAGCAGGGUUCCGAAAUAUCGAAGACCAGCUGCAAGAAGAUGGCGUGGUUUGGCUUUUACAGUGGGCCACUUCUCCACUGUGUGUGGUCCACUUGGGGAGCGUCCCCGGGGUUGGAUGCCUUGGCUUUGGCCUACUUCAUGCUGCGACGGGGCACUCCGGUGGCUUUCCUGAAUUUGGCGACCAUCUCCUUCCCUGGUCUGGGGGACAAGGCAAGCCACCUCCUCACGGCGCAAUCCAUGGCUCGUCACCUGAUGUUCAUCACGGACACGCAAGUGCUCACUGGUGCCGGGGCCCAGGCGGAGCGUAAGGAGCUGCAGGCGCCCUUCAUCGAUGUGGGCCUCCGUCUCUUCAGGCCGUCUCACCCGACGCUCUCGCUGAUCCAGGACUGCUUCCGUAUCGCCUACGAGAACCCUUUCAUGGCAGCCGAAGAUGUGGUGAAUCGCUUCGAAGUCUCCUCGAAGUUGGACCUUCUCCUGACAGCAGGCCACGGUUUCGUGUCCUCCGAGGGAUGGAAGGCUGAGGAUGUGAAAACCAAGGCAGAACCGAUGAAAAAUCGGACUCCCGUGGAUGCACACUUGGCCGGUGGUAUCCUCCUUUUCAGCAUGAGGCCUUUCAAUGUGCUGCCGCGCUGGUUCACCGGCCAGGCUUGCUUACAGGUCUGUAAGUCCGGAUUACUAAAGUGUGCGCCAGGCGCGGGAGGCACGGCGUGUGAGCUCUUGAGCGGAAGUAUGGAAGAGGCUCUCUUACUGACCCUCAAAGACAGUUUUGCCCUCUCAACGCCCGGAGCUCGCAGUGCCCGGCCGCGAGUACUCCAGGCAGGGCCCAGCAGCUGUGGCACUACUUCGAUUGCACACUUCUACUCGGAUGGGCAUGGGCUCCGUGUAGCGAAGAAUUACAUCGAAGGUAGAGAGAUCCGGGAUCAUGUUCGUUUGGACAUGAGUCUGGGUAGGGCUCCGUUUGCCAAGUUGGAUCGCUUCGAUGUGGUGGCAGAUGCAUUCGAUGUGGUCCGUGUAGGCGUCCACUUCUGUUCGGACGUAGUCGGGCACGGAGGAGAGACGUGUGAGAAAAUACACUAUGAUGCGCUGCAGGAAAGCAUCGAUGAGUACAAAGGCAUUCUCCGUGCUCUGCAGGAGGCAUACCCGAAUCUUUGGUUUAUCCACAACACCUGCAGGAAGGAUCGCUGGCUGCCGAAGAGGGUGCAUAAUUGCUGGCCGCAUGUGGUGGCGACGCCGGGGGACGAUUGGCCACAGUGGCUGCAGCAGUGGAAGAUGUGUUGCGACGAGUCUUUCGGAAUAGGGGGCAACCAGUCCUGCUGGGCCCCAGAAGAGCAGUCCUUAAUCAAGAUCCCAAAGAGGCUGAAUUUUAAGGAUUUCGUUUAUGCUGCAUGCUGUGAUGGGCUGACCUUCUACAAGACCGCUUGGGAUAUGGUCCACGCGACCCUGGCAGAAAUUAUUGUCGAUGAGCGGCGCGUGCCCUUUAACAUCCUACGACAAGAUCCCCGGGAGCUUAGCGAAGUCCUUGGCUUGCAGGAUGACUUCAAGGCUAGCGCAUGGCGUCAGAUCCACAAGAAUAUUCUCGAGUACCGCACUGCCAAGCUGGAAGCCAGGAUGAACACAGUCGGCUUCGAAUCCGGUGGCAUGCCAAAGCGCAUGAUUGGCACGAAGCCGAACAACAUGGAUGACUACAGGAGCCGAUUUGAGACCAUGGGCCUUGCGUCCGGGGGCUCGGCGGCCAUGUCGAAGUCCAUGCAAGGAAAUGCCCAGGCUGCUGCCCAAAAAGCGCAGGCAUUGGGCGAG